GGCCUUUUUCCCCGUUUUCAGACUACACAACACCUCAGUGGUUUCUUCUGAUUCUCCUUUCCAAAACCAAACCCCAUGGAGCAGGAGCUCAGCAAGCACCAAUCCCCUCGCCUUUACCACCAAAAAUACACCUCAAAACCCUCACUCAAAAAACACCGCAUUUUAGAGUAGGAAAUUUAGUCCGACUCCUUCGUCGACUCCUGGGUUGUGCCACUCGAAUAAGUUUUGCUGUAAACUCAUACCCCAGAAGAAAAAUAAGUAACUUUUGCUGUAGCAGUUGUAUAUUAGUUGAAUCAUGGAUGGAAACAGGAACAAUUUUUUGAAGCAACGGCCGAGCGCACACUUCAAGAAAAAAGCAGGUCCUAAAAAAGGAAAAUGGCAUAAUUCUGGCCAUGAAGAGUCCUCUGAAGAUUCACUUUCUUCGGACACUGUUUACCGGAUACUUUGUCAGUCUAGGAAGAUAGGUAGUGUUAUUGGAAAAGGUGGUGGUAUUAUCAAAGCCCUGAGAGAGGAGACCCAAGCGAAGAUCACAGUUGCUGAUGCUGUUCCUGGAUCAGAUGAAAGAGUCAUACUUAUUGUCAGUCCUUCCGCAAAACUAGCAAGAAGACAGAAUGCUGACAAGGAUGUUGAUGAUCAGGAUACUGAUUCAAAAGAGCAUCUGAUGGAGCCCCAUUGUGCAGCCCAAGCUGCUCUCUUGAAAGUUCAUGACAGAAUCGUCGAGGAAGACCUGGGCGGGGCAGAUAAUGAUGACAAAAAUGAAAUCGUGGUCACUGCACGGCUUCUUGUUCCAAAUAAUGUGGUUGGAUGCCUUUUAGGUAAAAAAGGGGAUGUCAUACAGAGAUUGCGUGGUGAGACUGGUGCCAGCAUACGUGUGCUUCCAGCAGACCAUCUUCCUUCCUGCGCCAUGAAUACUGAUGAAUUGGUGCAGAUAUCAGGUAAACCUGCAGUGGCAAAGAAAGCUCUGUAUGAAGUGGCAACUUUGUUGCAUCAAAAUCCUCGCAAGGACAAACUUCCUUUAAGUUUUCCUGCUUAUGGUACUCAAGGUUUUCACCCCUCUGGUCCUCCCUUGGCAAAUAUGCCGCCUCCAGGAAAUUUGACUUGGUCCCAGCGUAACCAUGAUGACCGUGGUAUGCCUAUGCCAUGGCCAGAAAGAUAUGGAAAUCUGCCUUCUGGCAUUAGAAGUGAUUUUGAUGCUUUUCCUCCUGUCGGUGGUGAAGAAGCUCCGUCGGAGUUUUCAAUAAAAAUUUUGUGCUCAGCUGCAAAGAUUGGUGGAGUAAUUGGUAAAGGAGGCUUCAAUGUGAAACAAUUACAGCAAGAGACAGGAGCUAGUAUUCAAGUUGAGAAUGUUUCCCCAGAAUCAGACGAGAGAGUAAUUCGUGUCUCCUCCUUUGAGGUUCUUUUGAAUCCAAGAUCACAAACUAUUGAUGCGAUUCUUCAUCUUCAAAAUAAAACUAGUGAGUGUAAUGAAAAAGGAGUUAUCACUACACGACUUCUAGUUCCAUCGAGUAAGGUUGGCUGCAUUCUUGGGCAAGGAGGUCAUGUUAUCAAUGAGAUGAGAAGGAGAACUCUUGCAGAUAUACGUGUAUUUUCCAAGGAAGACAAGCCCAAGUGUGCGUCUGAUGAUGAAGAACUUGUGCAGAUAUCAGGGAAUUUUGGUGUUGCUAAAGAUGCCCUAGCCGAGAUUGCAUCAAGACUCCGAACAAGAUGCCUUCGAGAUGCAAAUCCUAAAGGUGAACCUGCUCCUUCCAGAUCAGUCUCCGGGUAUGUUCCUUCAGGGAACUUACCAGGUAGAGACCCGCUCCUAUCUGGUGGCAUAAGAGCUGGCAGCUCGGGUAGAUAUGAAUUUUUUAAGGGCCGUCCUCAUGAAUAUGAAUCUCCACGGUAUCCAGUCCCUCCAAGUGCUAUGGGAUACAGUGAUGCGAAGAUCCAUAACAAUACUGUUGGUUCAAUGAUGGGACCUGGCAGGAGCAGUGUUGGUGAGAUUGCUGUCACGAGGUUGAAGCUUCAGGACUCUCUGUCUGGUCCUGGCCGUCUUGGCGACUUUUGGCGUUCUUCUGAUCACUUAAAUGCCGCACAAAGUGUGGUUCAGGCUUUUGGUUCGCCGGCUGGAAAGAGCAACAAUUUUCAACGGGAUCCUUAUCAAAGUUAUAGUGCACAACAGGGUAUCUACCAUGGCACUAAUGCUUCACAUAAUUCGUACCAAAAUCUCAACGCUCAGCAGGCUCCAUAUCAAAACAUAAAUAUGCAGCAGGCCCCGUACCAGAACAUUGGUGCACAAGGUUCUUACCAGUACUAAUGUGAGAUUUAAGCAUUUUUUGUAUCAUAGGCUCGUUUCCUUUUGAUAAUUUUCUAUUGUUGCUGGCUAACCAGUGCACAUGGCUAUAGAUUUAGAUUAGCAUUGACAUAGUGACAUGAAUUUCUUGUUCUUAUCUGCCAUACUGCUGUAUUUUGGGACUAUGAAUUAUACAGUCUCUUCUGAUGUUGGGCAUCAACUUCUUCGCCUCAUCAUAUAAUCUAGGACAUUUUGUAGAACAUCAGUUGCAUUUUUUUUUCCUUUUACAUAGGUAGGAGUCGUGGUUCUGAACUCUUUACUUCUGGCCAAAGGCAUCCGUCUGUUUACCAGCUAUGGGAACGUGCCAGUUUUAUUUUGGCUUACAUGCGUCAAUGCUGUAUUGAUUUGUGGCGUUCUAGACCA